AUGUACACUACUACUUCCACACUCGCCGGCCUACGGCCACGCGUCCAUAUAAUCGGCCUUGGGAGCAUCGGAACAUUUGCAGCACAUUCUAUCUCCGAAAUUCUCUCUGGCCCGACCGUGACACUCCUCCUAUACCGAAAGUCGCUUCUGCGAGAGUAUCGAUUGGUAGGCAGUCACAUACAAUUCGAGUCAAGGGGUGGGAAGAAAAUAAGCUCGCGGGGAUAUGAGAUCGAGACGCUCUCCGACUCCCACUGGUAUAGCACUCCACCAACAGCCUCUCCAAAUAAGAAUUAUUGGAAAGUCACUCAAACUCCAAUCAACAAUCCCAUCGUCUGUGUCAAAGGAAUACAGACUGUCUCAGCCAUUCGUUCGCUUGCCCAUCGUUUGCAUCGAGACUCGAAUAUCCUGUUCCUUCAGAAUGGGUCUGGUGUCAUUGAAACACUCAAUGAUCAGUUAUUUCCAGAUACAAAAUCUCGUCCAAACUAUCUUAUCGGUGUCACUUCCCACAGUGUGACGCUCAACAAAUCUUUUGAUAUCACACAUACUGGAUUCUCUGCAACCUCAAUAGGUGCAGUUCCUCGCGACCCAGACACAAAUAUAUUGGAGACACAAUCGAAUUAUCUCCUUGAUAUCGUUCCCAGAUCGACAACACUGAACGCCAGAUCAUACUCAUACACAGAUAUUUUACAAAUCCAACUUGAAAAACUUUCAGUCAAUGCAUUUUGCAACCCACUCUGCGCUCUCGACGAUUCACCAAAUGAGUUUCUAUUCACGAUGCCGGAAAUGAGACAAGCCAUACUCCGGGAAAUUUAA